AUGCUCAGUGAACCUGCUUCCCCAUACGCAUUUUGUAAAGAUUUGCAGAACCUAAUCAUUGUAACAGAAGAGCAAAUCAUUUCACCUUUGCGUAAAAAGUUAAAAAGAAGUGAUGAACACUCCGAAAUUUUAUCACUUGAGAUACAAGACGCUGAGAAUAAAACUUUUGAAUAUUUAGCCCAGCAAAUUUCAGCUAUUUGUAAUGCUGAUGAAGAUACAGCUAAUGCCAUUAUGCGUGAAUAUCCAAAAUCGGAAGUUUGCUUUCGAUGUCUCGGUAUAAAUGAUGACACUAUACAGGGCCUUCUUCGUAUUCGUGGUAUUGGCUUUCUACAAUUGUUAGAUAUGCCUGACAGUGAAGUGAGAACAAUCUUACAAAAUUAUGGUGAUUAUGGUGAGGAAGUUGAUCAUGUACUUGCUGGUCUUGCAAAAAUACGCGGGAAUAUUGAUCUCAUUGAAAGUGACUUAGCAUUUGAAGAUGAUACCAGGAACUUAAUCAAAUUGGUGAUGCGUUUGUCUGACGAUGAUUCUCAAGUUGAAGAACUAAACAAUAUCCUUAAUGCUCAAAUUUACGAAGAAAGAAAGGAUCCUCGUAUACCUCCCUUAUAUGUUACUGGCCCUGAAGAUUCUCCUUUUGUUAACAAGGAAAUGUCUGCACAAAACUCGUCUCAUAAAAAUACCAAAGUAGUUGUUUGCUCUCAUUUAGAGCACGAUACAUCCUGUGGAAAUCUUAUUAGCCAUUCCAAUUCCGAUAAUAUUAAUACAUUUAAAACUGGUUGUGAUGUCAACUACAAUGGCUGUAGUUCGUUUACUUCCCCACAUGCUUCCAGUUGUAUCACCAUAAAUAGUCCACAGAAUGUCACAAAUAAAUCUGAAUCCGGAAAAUUGUCCAAAACUGAUUUUAAGACAUUUAAUCUCAUUCCGGGUAUAUCUGAUUCGAAUAUUCCUUCAGAAAUUGAUCUACAUAAUGGCGGGCUUUCAGUACCUUCUACUCCCAUUUCUUAUAAAUUAUCCUCGACCAUUUUAACACCCUCAAAUCUUUUUAAAGCAGGCCGUCAUACACUACCAAAUGAAGUAAUCUCACUUUCUCCCGGUGGGCGUCGAGCAGGCAGUCAUUCGUCUCGAGAUCGCGAGCAUCAAACUCGUCAGGCAGGGACUCCGCCACCCAAACAUCGUUUAAGAUUUUCUUCUCCGCUUCAUCGUAGCAAGUCUCAUGAGUCUAAUCUUGCCAAUCGUAUUAUUUUACCUGCCCUCCCAAAUGUACCACAGUUCCACCAAGAAACAAACUCUUCCUGUUAUAUCAGUAGACCACAACUAUUUUUAUAUAAUCCGAUUUCCCCAGACGCCUCCAGUAAUUUACACAACGAUUAUUUCAAUUAUUCUGAGUGUAUAAAUGGCGGUCGACCGUGUAUAACUACUACUCAAUGUGGUGUAUGCAUUAACAGCGAUGUUAUUUCAAAUGGGAAUAAAACAGUUUCAACAUUUUAUAAUACUUGUUCCAUUAGUGAUAGUACUUCCACACUUGUCACAAGUCCACGUACCUACGAUCAAGGUCGACGUGUGUCUUGUGAAUAUCGACCAUCAAAGACUAAUUUACAACCUUUAAUGACUACAUCUGCAGAUAGUGAUAAUUUAUUAGGUAUCCUUAAUGUUCCGACUAACUCAGGUGGGGCCACAUUUGUUCUCAGUGCAAGUGGAUUUAUGCACAAAUUCGAAUUAGAAUCUAAAUUUGGUGAUUUUGUUAAAGGUACUCCAUGCGCUGUUUGUAAUAAUCGAAUGCGAUUUCGUCUACAACAUUGUGCUUACUGCAAAAUCAAAGUACAUAAAAGUUGCGUUUCUCAUUCAAGACGACUUCCUUGCACAGGACCUUCCAGUGGACAAAACAAUGAAUUACACGAAUUUAAAUGUUCUCCAAAUAUGCCUCGUCAAUUGCAUACAAAUGUUUUAACAACUAGUCAAACAAAUCUUCGUCCUGCCCAUUCUACUCCAGCAUUUCAAAGUUCUGAUUCAAACAGUGCUUCGUCAUGUACAAGUUCUACACCAGGUUCACCAUUUGUCACCGGUACAUCAUUGCUUAGUACAACGUUAGCUGCAUCAUGUUGUACUCGUUUAGACAGUGGUUAUGUUGGUGUUGGUAGUAAUAGUAGUAGUACUACUGGUCAAAUGAUUUCAUUAUCUUCUCCUCCAUUACGAAAUUUAAGCAACAGUGGUGGUUGUAUGUUUAAUCCUUCUAAUCCAAGUCAUUUAUCUUCGCCAGUUAGUAUACAUUCUUACGGAACAGUUAAUGCUGGAAUUGUAACUAAUACACAACAACAACAACAACCUCAUUCUCCUCGACAUUCCGGCCAAUGUUUUAAUCAUUUUGAAUUUCCAAUUGUCAGUCAUCCAAUCAUAGAUAAUCAGUUAGUAGACGGGAAUUUCAAUAAUAAUGUGAAUAAUAAUAGUCCUUUAAUUAGUACUGUGUCGUCUGGAGAAAGUGAACGAACUGUUGUUGACAAUGCAGUACACAGGUUUGAAUCAAUGGAUAGUCAAGAUGAAUCAUCUUUAAUGAGAACUAAUAGUGUAAGUUUAAUUAUGUUUUGGUAA